AGACAGAGAGGGAGGAGGUUCAACAACGAAGCGCACAUUCAGUUGAACUCAGUUUGGAAUUGAUAGUCAGCAGUGCAGCUUCAUCACACAGCUACUGAACACGUACUUGUCCGUCUUCACUGGGACAAAUCUAAACACCAAGGUUUAACCUGCACAGUAGUUUACUGACAGAAGGUCCAUCAGAGGUUUAGUCUCCAUAGUGCUGAGUGGAAGUGAGCACACGGCUGUGCAGCCCGGUGCCUGGAUGCCGGUGGAUGUGGUGAUCGCUCCUCCGCUGUGGACAGACAUGCACGAGAGUGAGAUGAAGCUCAAGAUGCGAGUGCGGCGCAUCAAGGACGGACGUGACCUUCGAGGAGGCUUCGCAGCCUUCUCUUCAUGCUUCCCGGAUGUGUGUGAGAGCAAACCACCACCUUAUCUUCCCCUCAGUCUGUCUCAGCCAUGCCUCCCCGUGGCUAACCUGGGUCCGACACGAAUACUGCCUCACCUCUACCUGGGCUCACAGAAAGAUGUCCUUAAUAAGGAACUGAUGACACAGAAUGGGAUCACUUACGUCCUGAAUGCCAGCAACACCUGUCCAAAGCCAGACUUUAUCAGCGAGAACCACUUCCUGCGCAUUCCCAUCAAUGAUAGCUACUGUGAAAAGCUGCUGCCUUGGCUGGAAAAAACCAACGAAUUCAUCGACAAAGCCAGAAUGUCAAAUUGUAGAGUCAUCGUCCACUGUCUAGCUGGAAUUUCGCGAUCUGCAACCAUUGCCAUUGCUUACAUCAUGAAAACCAUGGGAUUGUCGUCGGAUGAUGCCUACAGGUUUGUGAAAGAUCGCCGGCCAUCUAUAUCUCCUAAUUUCAACUUCCUCGGGCAACUCCUGGAGUUUGAGAGAGACUUAAAGCUGAAGAUGCCCUUAAACUGCAACCCUCUGAGGUCAACGACUCAAAAUCCUGAGGUGACCGAGGUCAACAUAGAAACUGUCAUACAGAGCAAAGAGAAAAAACAUUCUCAUGAAAGAAUGCAAGAAACUACAGUAUUAAACGUUAAGCCACCUUCACCUACCUCACUACGAAAAGAUCUCAGCAGCCUUCAUCUCUCCGCAGACCAAAUUCUCCACAACAACCGGCUCAAAUGUUCCUUUCAGCUCGACAUCAAAUCUGUCUAUUCAUCAAACCAGCAUCUCCGAACCUCUUCAAAUGCCUUGAAAUCAGACUCAGAAACCAUGCCCAAGCUUUUCAAGCUUGACAGUCCAAAAAGCACCAGCAAUAUGUGUUUGCAUUCUCCAUGCCUAGAAACCCCAAGGAGCCCCAAGCCGGAGUUGCGGCGAUCAUCAGUAAGAGAAUCUACACCAAAAGACAAUGGCACUUUCGAGAGGUUAUCGACCACAACUUUGUCUCUAAACCUCAACUUGAAUCGGCAAGAUCCAGUUGUUCAGGAUCCUGUCCAUAAUGCCAACGUCAAGUCGUCUUCAUUCCUCAGCUUGCCCCUGACUUCAUCUUCUGUUUGGACCAAGCACAGAGGAAUGACUCAAGCCACGACGCCUGGCACACCCACUGAAGACCACCCUUGGUUCUUCAACUCAGAUCUGGACUCUUCAGGGAUGGGUUCUGGGAGCUCUGUGAGAUUUGUAAGUCCUCCUAGCAAGGCUGUGAUGCAAGUGGAGACACAGUUCAAACGCAGAAGCUGCCAGAUGGAGUUUGAGGAGAGCGUCAGCACUACAAGAAGCAGCGAGGACUUUGGAAAGCUCGGGAAGCAGUCUAGCUUCUCAGGCAGUAUGGAGGUCAUUAAGGUGUUAUGACAGAGAGCCUAAACUUGCAUAUGUGAACCUCUCUUGUUUCUGACAUUGGAAAGAGGACAGAUAAUUUAUUACAGAGAUUUGUUUGCAAAAAUCUGUACAGAGACAACAAAAGAGGAGAAUCUCAAAAAGGUCUUGCUGCAUGCAUACAUAAGUGUGCAUGUGCUCAUUAGUCCUUGCAUUAUGUUCUCCAAAAGACAGUAGAAUUGAGCUCCUGAGCUCACGCUAUUGUUAUGAUAGAAAUGAUGGAUGCUAUAAACCAUACGCCAAAGAGUUAAUAUACCUGAGGUGCCCUUCAGUCGAAGGAUACAUAGUACGGACUAUUUGUGUUACAGCAUGGCUAUUAGAAAUACAAAUGACUGGACUAUUUUCAUAGCGCUGGUUCAUUUAUGCCCCAGAUCGAGGUGAGGUAAACGAUUUGCUGUAUUAUAUUUAGGCUUAGUUGGAAAAAGACCUUUAAUAUUGUCGGCCGAGAUACCAACUGCCUCUGUGAUUUAAUAUUAGUUUGUGAAAGUAGUCUGCAUGUGUUGAGCAGAGAUGAAGUCUCAGCUGUACUACUGUGCACUGGGCAUGCUCAGAAAAGACUGGCUACCUGCAGACAGACAAGCUGCAUCCUAGCAGUACAAAGCUUUAUGUAUCCAGAAGUUCUUGCAUAUGUAUGUAUAUAUAAAUAUUUGCAUCAAUUUCAAUGGAGUAUUUAAUGUUUCGUGCAUUGUUGUUUUAACUUAUUGUAUCGGUUUCAUUCUGGUAAUGAGCAAUAAUAUAAUAUUUGAAGACUU